AUUAUUCUGUAUUCAUUGCACAGCGUCAGAGACAUUUCAAAUAAAUAUUGUAACAAAUUCAUUUAAUUUUUAACACACUUUCGAUUCUGAGCCGAUUUCAUGAUUUUGGUUAGUUUGCAAAUUUAGACAAGUUGAGACAAUUGAAAGGACUAUGAGUGCGGAGCCGUUCGACAAAAGUGCCUUCCUCGAGGGUUAUCUGCUCAAGCAUCGGGAGCUGGGCAAGCGACAGAGGGAGUACAAGAAAUUGCUCUCCUGCAAGUUGAAGACACGCAAUGAGACGAUCAUCGAUGCCAGCUAUGAGAAUACCAUCGAUCGACUUCAGGAGGAGAAGAACGAUUUGCGGGCCCAAAUUUGGGUGGCUGCCGGAGCGACACAUAUGAAAAAGGACGAGCGCUUUCUGAACCAAAUACGGUGUCAUGUGGAAUGCCAGGAGAAUCUGGCCGCGGACAUCAACAAACUUAAAUCAUCCAUUUACAAUAUGGAGCGUGAGAUAAGCCGGGUGAGCAAACAAAUCUACAAUCUCAAUCGGCUGACGGUGCCGGAGCAACAGCAUCAGGCCCAUGUGGCCGGGGUGCGCAAGAGGAUGGUCAUUCUGGAGAAUUCACUGGAGGUGGGCGUUCGUCAGGAGUGCGGAUUUACGGCUGCCAAUGCAGAGUUGCGGGAGCAACUAAUACGGAUACUGAAUCAUCGCACCUUCUUCAACGAUUCCUACACGAAAAUGGUGCAGAAACUGAACAGUGACAAGAAGUAUCUGAUAGAUCUGAUUGAGUAUGCGCUGAACACUUUCGAUGGCUGCAUCGAUGUCUACGAGAAAAUCGAUAAGAUCACCAAGCGUGAGUCAAAGGAGCGCGAAUUGCGUCGCAUCGAGCUGCAGAGCAUUAUGCGAAAAGUGGCUGCCGAUGCGGACAACUCGGCCUUUGUGGAGUGCAAGGGCAGGGAGCGGGUGCUAGCCGAUCUGCCGGCCAAGGAAUAUAAGCGACGCGAUGAGUUCCGUCGCAAGCACAACAAGAAGAUCAAUCUGUAUAAUUCGGUGCUCAAAAAGAUACUCGAUUACACCAGCUCAAACAAUGUAGAGGAGGUGAUUGAUAAGUUCCAGCAGCAGGAGAGUCUCUACUACUCCUUCUUUAACUAUGCCAACGAGAUGAGCUAUCACAUAACGCUGCUCAACAACUCGGUGAACCGUCUCUUCGAGGACAUCAUCAAUCUGAAGCGGGACAACGCGAACACGCUGCAGGAUCAAAUUGAUCUGAUCGAAUCGCUGGAGGAGCAGGCGCGCAAGAAGCAGGAAUCCAACAUAGAACUUCACAAGACGCGCGAAGCAAAUGAUUCUCGCUUGGAGACGCUGUUGCAGGGCGUUGAAAUGCUAUGCGAUAUGUGCUCGGUGGACACAUCCCCAUUGGCCGAACUCCUUGGCGAUCAUACGCACGUGAAUCUGGUGAAUGUGGAACGCUUUCUUCGGCUGCUGGAGACGCGCAUCCAGGAUAUCGUGGCCAGUGUAUAUGUGUUUGAGCGACAGGACGAGGGCAACGUUGACUAUGUGGUCAAGCAGAUCGAGAAGAUUUGUGAGCUGCCCACCGAUCUCAAUGACAUCGUGCUCACCCAACAGUGUCCCGAGUGCGCCGAGGGCGAGGCCUUCAACAUGGACGAUGGCGGCGAAGGCGUCGCCAUUCUCACCAUCAAGGAGGCCAAACAGAAGCUCUACGAAAAGAUCACACAGCCAGAGAUGCAAUAUCGCCUGCACAGCAUCAGCCAGUGCCGCUUGCCCCGCUCCCGAAUGCUGGCCGCCAAACGGAACGUUUAGAUUACGCAACUGCCACUCAAUGUUGCACAUUACUUGUAAUAUAAUUAACACUUUGAUGUCAUGGCUAAUUAAAAAAAAUUAACAAAUGGAA